AUGAUUACUGAGACUAAACGAUCUUAUGAUGAUGCCAAUGAGCUUCCAUGUGAAGACUCGAAUGAGCUAAUCAACCAGGUUAUUAAACGACUUUCUAUACCCAGUGAUGCAGUUCCUACAAAUGUAUCAAGUCAGUUCAGCAACGAUCUCAAUCUUAACAAUGAGGUUCAGGCCUAUGCGAAGAUAGCCGGUCGAACGUGGACGUACUAUGUCAAAACGCUUAAAGUGAUAAUUGGUCGUAAUACGGAGUCGCACUCUAAUAACGCUGGUGGUGGUUCCAAUUCAUCGCACGAUGCAGAUCACGUGGACAUAGAUCUAGGUCCUUCCAAAGUCGUUUCCCGUCGCCAUGCUCUUAUACAGUACAAUUUGGAGCAACGUCGCUGGGAGUUGUUUGUAUACGGACGAAAUGGAGUUAAAGUGGACGGUGUUCGGCUGGAUCUGCCGUACGGGGCCCCCUACGUUCUUGGCUCUGGCAAUAUCUUGGACAUCGGAGGCACCCAGAUGAUGUUUAUAUUGCCAGAUGCUGCCCCCAGUAUUGCGGAUUCGUUUCUUCAAGGAUUGCGGACUACAUAUUUCUCUUCAAAGAGACCACAUUCCGGCUUUUUUGGUAACGGAACCAGUUUGCCAGGUGAGCCGAUGACCAGCACGUUUGGCACCGGUAACGUGAGAGCCUUUCAGAUGUACAACAAGUCGGACAACACAUUGUUGGGAUCCUCACGCGACCCUUCCAAUGAACAGGACUAUUCUAAAGAUGAGGCCAAGGACAUGAAACCGCCUUAUUCAUAUGCCACGAUGAUUACACAGGCAAUACUUUCCAAUCCACAAGGGGUUCUUUCUCUUUCAGAAAUUUACGAUUGGAUAGCCUCGCAUUUUGCCUACUAUCGUUAUAGCAAACAAGGAUGGCAGAACUCCAUAAGACAUAACUUGUCUUUGAAUAAGGCCUUUGAGAAAGUCCCCAGAAGACCCAAUGAGCCCGGAAAGGGUAUGAAGUGGCAGAUUAGCGAAUCGUAUCGACGAGAUUUUCUAAGGAAGUGGAGAGAUGGUACUUUAAACAAGGGUAAACGAGGUACUUCUGUGGCCAGGCAGCUACAACUGCAUCUUAUGCGUAACCAUGCACUACCAGAGUCUGGAAGAAUACCAGUUGCAACGGUGCCGACUCAUCACAGGCGAAAAUCAAGCCGGAUGAUGGGGAACGGUCUGAGAAGCUCUGAAUCUGAAUCCCCGCCAAAGCUCGAAAGACAGCACAGUGAACAAGACGAACAAAGCGAGGUGACUUCUGGUUCAAAUUCACCAAUCAAGUCAUUACUACCGCAUAAAGAGGCUCUAAGUUACAUCACUGCUGCCGCUACUGCUACCGUACAUGGAGGAGCAGGAGUUGCUUCUGCUUCUGUAAUGCAUGACAUACCGUCGUUGGGUACGGGAGCAAGCACCACGCCUAACUUGUCUCCUUCAGGACUUGCCGGGCAACCUUCAAACCUUUCCUCCCCAAUAAAGCCGUUGGUUCUUCCCGAUUUUCGUACAGAUUAUAGUUCGGCAUCUCUGCUUGCAAAGCAAGAUUCGUCAGAGGAGAGACCCACUCCAAAAGGUCUUACAGCAUCAGCAGUUGCUGCAGCACCAUCAACAACGACGGCCACCAAAAAAGCUCCAGUGACCCCAGAGCAUGAUCGGUUUACAAAGCCGGACUUACAGGCUGACUCUUCCCUUAAUUCAUCACAAUCACGUCCAUCAGUGAACUCCUCGCCAGCAUUAUGGAAUUAUGUGCAGUUCUCUACACCUUUAGCAGCACCGGGAACGGCUCCAAGAGCGGUUGAUGGUUCCUCGUCUCGAAGGGACGACGUCGAAAAGAACAAAAAGGCAAAUUUGGAGAGUCCAUUGAGAGAUAGGAAACCGACUACAGAUGAAAGUAAACUUGGCGAUUUGAAAGACGUGGAUUUAAUUAGGGGAUUUAAAGGCUAG